CACAGAAGCUGAGCACUCAGAGGGAGCCCUCCCGGGAGGGUUUGGGCAGACACUUGCCUCUGCAACAGUUCUCAGAAAUGAGCUGGCCUUCCAGAAAUGCUGUCAUUUCUUGAAAUCACCUGAUAGCAGACUCUGAUGUUUACCUGGCCAUUGUGAAUUUUUUUCUUUUCUAUAAUAAAUCCAGCCCCAGCCAGCCAGACUGGGAAUUUACUGCCUGAGCGGUUUUCCAACAUGGUUUUGCUGGCAAAAGCAGACGUGAGUGUUUCCUCAACUCUCAAGGGGCCUGUUUACACUGCUUUAUUUUUACUGCCAGCUUUCAAGUGGGAAGAGGGAGAUUAUAUUUAAAGGUCAGCAGAGUGACAGAUGUAUGCUGACACUUGAGAAAUUAGAAUUUGAGUGAAGAAUCGAGAAGGCAAGCCUCUGGUCCAUGUGCACACGCCCUGGGAACGUCAGCACCCAGAGACGCCCCCCGGCGCGGGUCCCGGGUGGAAGCAAGCCGAGAAGCCGCUGUCUGCUCAGAACUGCACAAGAAGCUAUGAAAUCCCUGACUGCAGAAAACUUCGAAGAUUGUCUGCUGAGUAAGGUGGACCUGCGCCGCCAGUGGGUUUCCCAAGUUGUGGAAGAGGUGCAGAAAAUCGUCCAGCGUCUGACCACAGAGAUCAGCUACCAGGAUGUGAGAUUUCAGGCCGUCCCUUACUCCGACACGUACAACGGGAACCUCAAGGUUCUAGGCCCCUGCCAGUUCCUCGUCACUGUGCCGGUGAAAGGCCUGGCAGGGUAUAGGGAGGCCCGGGAGCAGCGCUGGCGGUACUACACCCUGCAGGGCGCCAGGCUGCCCUGCCCUCUGCGUGACCCCGAGGCUCUGCAGCAGUGGCUGGCAGUAGAGCAGUUUGUGAAGAGCCUGUGGCAGUGGCACGAGGAUGAUGUGAACAUUGAGGGGGACAUUGUGCCUGCCAAAGUCCUCCAGGUAUUACGGAAGCUGGUGGAAAAUGCCAUCAGGGCCUGUGGCCUCACAGAUAAGGUGAGCAUGCUAACCAACAGCUGUUCGGUCCGGGUUGUUGUGGAAACAUCUAUAUGCCAGGUGGAGCUGCAGCUGGCCCCCGCCGUGGAGAUCCCUAGCGCCUGGCCCGAGAAAGCCCGGUGGCCUCGAUGUCCGAAGCGCUGGCCUUGCCCCGAGAAAGUGAAGUGCAUCAAGUCCCUCGGGUUUACCUUGCUGGCCUGUUCAAAUUACCACUGGCAGCUGAGCUUCCCGCGGGCCGAGCAGGUGCUGCUGGCCCAGCUGGACGAGGACGGGGGCUGCCGCCGGCUGUGCUUUCAGGCCUUGAGGCAGAUGACAGAGGACGUCUGGUGUCCGGGGAAGCGGCCUGUUCUCACGGCCCACCACCUGCAGUCCGUGCUCUUCUGGACCUGCGAGAAAUACCCGCACCCGAAGGACUGGCAGGUGUUCAGCCGCGGCUUCCUGCGGCUGGUGAGGAAGCUGCACAAGUGCGUGAGCCAGCACUUUCUGAAGCACUACUUCGUGAGAAAGAGCAACCUCCUGCAGUACGCCAACUCGGGCGAACUGGACGCCGUGGCCCAGAAACUGGACCACUUCCUGAAGAACCCCCAGAUCAGCCCGCCCUGAAGCUGCUCUGGCCCGGGGCUCUCGGACACCUCAUUCGGCGUGUCCUCACUCUCUGUGGAUGGAUCCACUCCGAUCCUGCCCAGGAGGGAAGCGACGAGCGACAGGAAAGCCCACCGACCCAGCAGCGCUCAGGGCGUGACUGGGCCCCAUGGUCUGACCCAGUCCACCCAGCAGCCAAGCCAGCCCGUCCGCCCUCGCUAGCCCCCUCUCUAGGUGACGGCUCUCAGCAGGCUCUCAGAUGCUGAGCUAAUACAUCUGGGCUUGUCUUCCCCGUGCCCAGGCUCCGAUCAUCAGGCAGGCACAGUGGACACCAGAACCUCAGCUGCUGCCAGCAGUGGUUCUGCAGCCUUUCUGCAUCUGCGGGCUCCUUAGUCUCCAUUUACAAAAUGGGACUGUUCACCUGCCCCCUAGGAGGGGCCGUGUGCCCUGGGCUUUUGAGAGGAAGGCAGGGGACCCACAUCGAGAGAUACCAGCUGGCUGGUUGGCAUGGUGGCUGGCGUUAGCAUCCUGGAUGUCCCUGCUGCCCGCAGCUCUUCUAAGCUGUGGUUCAUGGCUGUGGUUCUGCCUGCUUCCCUGGGGCUCCCCAAGUAGGCGAAAGCAGUGAGGAGUAGUGUAAAUCAAGCACGAAGUGCAGCCCAGCCUGCCAGCUGCGCCUCUCCCUUCCCUGUGCAUCAGGGAUGGGGCAUCCUCACCUGGAUGGACUGAGCUCAGAGCUGUGAUCUGUGGGGAACACUUUGGUGUCACCGACCUCUCACUACCUUCCUUGGCUCACACCCCUUACUCCCUCCUCACCGAUAGAUGGAUGCUGGUGGGCUUUGGGACUGUAGCCAAGAGCACAGUGGACCAGGACUUAACCUUUUGGGUGAUCCUGAUGGCGAAGACAGGAAAUAAAUAACAAAUACACAGACGUGACGACUGCUCAUUAAGCAAGUGUCCUGAAGAAAUAAGCAGAGUAUUGAACCAGAGCCACAGCAAGAUCUUUGAAGGAUGAAAAGGCAAACAGCAGAAGGGGAAGGAAGGGAGGCAGCGGGGGAGCUGGAGGGGCGGGCAGGGUCCGGCCACUGGGCCUUGGAAACCUGGUGAGGAAUUUGUACUUCAUUGUAAAAGUAAAGCUGUGACAUUUGGCCACUCCAGAGCAGAGGAGACUCGUGAUCUGAUUCGCAUUUUAAAUGUCCAUGCUUGUGACUGCAUUGAGACCUUCCCACCAGGGUUAGGGCCAGUGGGAGGCCUGGAGCCCACCCAUUUGGGAUUCACUGAGGCCCCAGAGGCCACCAGCCUGCACAGACAUUGAUGCGGGUUUCUAGGCGUUCUCCCUGAUAUCGGUGGUUUCUUCUGACGUUCACUUAAUGCUUCUCAACUCAAGGGAGUCCUUGAUGACUUAGAGUAUUUUCCCCAAAUGAUAACAGUGGAAUUUCUAAAAGCAUGAGCUGCUGAUUUUUUUUUGACAAAAAGUUACAUUUGCAAAAUAAAACAAUUGUUUUCGGAAAUGUACUGCAAGUAAAUGUGACCCUGGCUAGGAGAGGAAUUCCUAGCCAGCAGUAGGCUGCUAACCUUUGAAAGCGUGAAAUGAUGAACAAUGCAAUGCUUUGCUCAGUCCUCAAAACCUGCACUCAUUUUUGUCUUCUUGUACCUUGGAAACAUCAUUUUUGAGAAGGUGGCAGAUGUAGUUUGGUUUGGUUUUGAAUGAUAAAGCUGAUGCAAGUUUUAUAACAGCUGUGCAGUCACAGGAUGCCAUAAACUGUAAGUUGGCUGUAUCAUUGCUCCAAAAUUGUGUAUGUGUAUGGAGAGAGAGCGGGGCAGGACCUACAUGCUCUGUCGGCUUCCAGCAGAUUCUUCCCACCCGAAGAUCCUUACAUCAAAGCAGUGCUCGGGCACCUUCCUGAGAGUUCCUGCUGCUGGCCAGCAGAGGGAAGUGGGGGACCACAGAUG